UCCCGUUGAUUUUUCCCAUUUCUUUCCAUGUUUUUCAAGGAAACCCUGAUCGAGAAAAGUAGGAGCUCAGGAUACUGUCUAUCCUCAAUUUGCAUCUCGCUCGCCAAAAAUCCUUUUUCACAGAGGAGCAGUUUUGAAUCGCGAAACCCACUUAUGUCCUUUUAUCUCCAUAUCCUUACGUCGGAGCUUUCCAAGACUCAUCUAACUCUUUUACGAACAAAGGAACUGCAUGCUUUUAUUACCAAAACCCAUCUUGCUUGCGACCCAUUUUACGCAACUAGAAUCGUCAGGCUUUACUCUAUCAAUAGCCGACUCAACUAUGCCCGCCAUGUGUUCGACAAAACUCCCAACCGAACUGUCUACCUCUGGAACUCAAUCAUUCGAGCUUACGCGAAAGCCAAUAAAUUCGGUAAUGCAUUAUCUCUGUUCUUUACAAUGUUUGGAACCCAGACUCUGCCCGAUAACUUCACUUAUUCAUGCAUCAUAAGGGCAUGCGCUGAAAAUUUCCAUAGAGAACAGCUAAAACUUGUUCAUGGACGUGUUUUAGUAUCUGGGUUUGGAUUAGAUCCUAUCUGUUGCAGCGCGCUAGUCACUGCAUACUCAAAUCUAGACCUUAUUGAAGAUGCAAGCAAGGUGUUUGAUGUAAUGCCUCAUCCAGACUUGGUUAUGUGGAAUUCGAUCAUUUCUGGUUUUGGGUAUCGCGGGUUUUGGAAUCAGGGGCUCUUGCUAUUCUCUAGGAUGAGGAAUUUGGGAGAACAUCCGGAUGGAUACACGGUAGUUGGUGUAGCAUCAGGUAUAGCAGAACCAAGCUUACUGAGUACUGGCAAAGGUAUUCAUGGAUUUUGCCUCAAGUGUAGUCUUGACUCCAAUGAGCACGUAGCUAGUGCACUUGUGAGCAUGUAUUCGAGGUGUAAUUGCAUGGAUUCAGCAUAUUUAGUUUUUAUUAGUUUGAUACAGCCUGAUUUAGUUACAUGGUCUGCUUUAAUAACUGGGUAUUCUCAAUCUGGUGAUUUCUGGAAGGCACUGUUUUUCUUUCAGAAACUGAACAUGCAGGGCAAGAAACCGGAUGCCAUUUUGAUUGCCAGCAUUUUGGCUGCUGCUGCUCAAUCAGCCAACAUAAGGCCUGGCAUUGAGAUACAUGGCUAUGCUCUUCGACAAGGGAUAGAUUCAGACGAAAUGGUAUCCUCUUCUCUCAUAGACAUGUACUCCAAGUGUGGUUAUUUGAGUUUGGGAAUUCGUGUUUUUCAUAUUAUGCAACGAAAAGGUAUUGUGGCAUACAAUUCUAUAAUAUGGGGAAUGGGUCUGCAUGGGGUUGCAUCUAAGGCAUUGGAAACGUUCGAGGAGAUGUUGGGUAUUGGUCUAAUGCCUAAUGAGUCUACUUUCUCUGCUCUCCUCUGUGCUUGCUGUCAUGCUGGGCUUAACUCUGUUGGUAAGGCGAUUUUCAAAAGGAUGAGAAAUGAGUUUGGCAUCAAAUACAGAACAGAACAUUAUGUUUACAUUGUAAAGCUUCUUGGAAUGAGUGGGAAGUUAGAAGAGGCUUACGAUCUUGUCCUGUCCUUGCCAGAACCUGUAGACUCUGGUGUUUGGGGGGCUCUGCUGUCCUGCUGUGAUGCUUGUGGGAACCUUGAACUGGCUGAAAUUGUUGCACAGAAGCUCUUAGAAAAUAAUCCCGACAAAAUGGCUUAUAGAGUAAUGCUCUCUAAUAUCUAUGCUGGAGAAGGGAGAUGGGAUGAUGUGAAGAAGCUGAGGGAUACAAUGACUGAAAAGGAACGAGGAAAAUUGCCCGGGCUUAGCUGGAUUUGAGAGUUUUAUGUUUGUGAUUAACCGUGCAAGGGUUGGUGUAAUAGGUGGGUUGUGAGAUCUCAUAUCGGUUAGAGAGAGGAACAAAGCAUUCUUUAUAAGGGUGUGAAAAUCUCUC